AUGUAUUUCUUCAAAGCAUCCCUUGCAUCGACCGCAGCAUUCUUUGCAUAUACCCAAGCUACCUAUCUUAACAAUGAUUUGAGUUUUGGUCAUGAUGGGAAGAUCUCACCUAAUGGUCGCGCGGUUCCCAAUUUUCAUAUGAUAGGACAACCAAACUAUCCAGAUAUCCUCAGUAAUCGAAUCGUUCUCACGCCCCCUGCACUAGGAAAUCAAAAAGGAGCUGUAUGGUCGGAAAAGAAAUUACAAUAUUCGCAAUGGGCAGCAGAUAUCGAAUUUCGUGCUACUGGUCCAGAGAGAGCAGGUGGUAAUCUGAAUAUAUGGUAUGCUAAGAAUGAGGAUAUUAGGGUAUCAAGCAUAUACACGGUUGGAAAGUUUGAUGGACUUGCUUUGGUAGUUGACCAGUAUGCUGGAUCUGGUGGUUAUAUUCGUGGAUUCCUCAACGAUGGUACAACCGAAUACUCCUCCCAUCAUUCUGUCGAUUCCCUUGCCUUUGGUCACUGCCCCUAUUCCUACCGCAACCGAGGCAUCCCAUCUAAAAUCCAUAUCCGUCAAACCGCCGAUAACUUCAAAGUCGAAGUCGAUGGCACCCUAUGCUUCCAAUCUGAUAAGAUCAAGCUACCCCUAGGCUACGUCUUUGGAAUUACUGCCGCCUCUACAGAGAAUCCAGAUUCUUUCGAGAUCUUCAAAUUUGUCGUAACGACCGAUAACCAUACUCCUGAUGAUCAAGUUCAAAAAUCUGCAAACCAGAAUCAACAACAAUUCCAAGCUGCCAAUCCUCCUCAGCAGCAAAACCAACAGCAAAAUCAGGGACAACAACAAAACCUCGAAACUCCCGGUGAGACCCCAGCCACCGACUACAAAUCUUCAGAUGCCCAAUUCGCAGAUCUCCACAACCGUCUCCAAUCAAUGAUGAAACACAUCACAGCUUUGAACCGCGAUCUCUCUCAAUACCAAGCCAACUCUCUCUCCCGAAUUGAAACGCUCAAUGGAAACAUUAAUUCCCUCUCCAGCACGAUCUCGCGUCUCGAAUCCUCCCUCUCAAAAUUAGAUUCCAUCCCAGCCCUAGAGAGAAACCUAAGAGAUGUAGCAAAUGACGUCAAGAGUACCAAAAGCGAAUUACACGAGGCGCUAGAUAGACAUGUUUUAAGUCUGAAGCAAAGAGUGGCAGAAACUCAUGGAAGCGUUUUAGGUACGGUUGGGGAAGGAUUAAGAUCUCAUAAAUCGGGUAUUGGAUAUGCGGGAUUGGCGUUGGUGGUUGUUGGAAGUCAAUUUGGUUUGAUUGUAGCGUAUGUAUUGUAUAAGAAGAGGAAGAAUGGGGGAAAUAAGAAGUUUUUGUAG